AUGGCUUGGCUGCCUGCUUGUUGGCUUGAUUGGCUUUAUCUCUUUCAGGCAUUCAAGAACUUUGAACACCUGGCCCGUCAGGAUGAUGAGAAGAGGCAGCGGGAGCUUGUGGAGAAGAUGAGGAAAAGGGAGGAGGAAGCGGCAGCGGAGAGGAUGAAAGUGCCUGCUGUAGCUCAGGAAGUUGAGAUCCACUCGGCACCAGAGCCAGUCCCUGGCCCAGAUGAUGGGGCUGCCACCAGGCCUCAAGAGCCCACUGCAGCAGAGGAGACAGCCGAAGCGGUGGACAGCUCUGCGGCCGCAGAGCCACCAGGAGCAGCUGCCCCAGUGGAGUCCCAGCCAUCAGCAUUGCCCAAGAGGCAGGAGCAGUUCCAGACCAACCCUGACAGUUACAAUGGAGCCGUGCGAGAGAACUACGCCUGGUCCCAAGACUACAGCGACCUGGAGAUUAAAGUGCCGGUGCCCAAGCACAUUGUGAAAGGCAGGCAGGUGUCGGUGGAUCUCAGCAGCAGCUCAAUUCGCGUGGCCGUGCUGGAGGGGAGCAGCCAGCGUGUCCUUGUGGAAGGGAGACUCACCCACAAGAUCAACACGGAGAGUUCCCUAUGGAGUCUGGAACCAGGGAAAUGCAUCUUGAUCAACCUGAACAAGGUGGGGGAGUACUGGUGGAGUGCCAUCCUGGAGGGAGAGGAGCCGAUAGACAUCGAUAAGAUCAACAAGGAGCGUUCGAUGGCCACGGUGGACGAAGAGGAGCACGCCGUGCUGGACAGGCUGACCUUCGACUACCACCAGAAACUGCAGGGCAAGCCCCAGAGCCAUGAGCUGAAGGUGCACGAGAUGCUGAAGAAGGGCUGGGACGUGGAAGGCUCCCCAUUCCGGGGCCAGAAGUUCGACCCUGCCAUGUUCAACAUCUCCCCUGGGGCCGUGCAGUUUUGACGACGCCCAGC